AUGUCUACGUCGCUACCCAAUCAUCCCACGGCAGCCGAUCGGGAAUUGAAAAUCUAUGAGCAUCUCUCGAAAGUUCAUUCCCAUCAUCCAGGACAAUCGCUUAUUCGCAAUCUUUACGACUCCUUCGAGGUUCAAGGAGAACUUGGUAAACAUCGCUGUCUCAUCCUGCAACCGAUGCAUAUGACCCUUUUCGAGAUGAUGCAUCUCAAUCCGAGGUCGUUCAAUCUACCUCUCCUCAAGAUGACGAUUAGAAGGCUCCUAGUAACACUCGACUUCUUGCACACUGAUGGCAAUGUAACGCAUGGUGAUAUCAAAACCGACAACCUGAUGCUUAAGAUAGAGGAUAGCACCAUGUUAGAUGACUUCGCGAGCGCCGAACUAAAUGACCCCAGCCCUCGCAAAAAGAUCGAUUCGUCUCGUACUGUUUACAAGACCCGUCGACUCCGCCCACCCGCGAAAGAGAAGGGCUACGGCCUCCCGACAUUGUGUGAUUUUGGCGAGGCACGAAUCGGGAAAGUCCAUGAAUCUGGCCCCUUUGUUCAACCUCAUAUUUACCGAGCGCCGGAGGUGAUUUUCGAGAUGCCGUGGGGAAGUGCUAUUGAUAUUUGGAACGUAGCAUGUUUGAUCUGGGACCUCUUUGAAGGCGAACAUUUGUUCGCCGAUAUCUUUGAUACCAAAGGCGACCAUGAUCCGUUCAAGCACUUGGCGCUCAUGGUGGCCUUGAUUGGACAGCCACCGGGUGAAUUUGUUCAACGCAGUGAGACCACCGAACAGUGCUUUGAAUCGAGCGGUAAGUGUCCUAUAUCUCUGAUCAUUUAG